AUGCCAAAGGUCACGAGGAAGAACAAGAAGAGUAAAUUAAGAGUUGUCCGGGCUGGAUUAGACUUUCCUGUCGGCCGUGUUCGUCGUUUACUUCGCAAUGGUAAUUACGCUGAUCGGAUUGGUGCUAGUGCUUCCGUGUACUUUACGGCAGUGCUUCGAUAUCUUACUGCUGAAGUUUUGCAAUUGGCUGGAAAUGAGGCACGUAACAACAAAGAGAACCGAAUCAGCGCGCGACACAUACAAUCAGCCAUACGGAAUAACGAUGAACUGAAUGAGCUUCUCUCCAAUGUAACGCUCUCCGAAGGUGGUGUGUUACCAAAUACCAACUCUGCGCUCCUUCCGAACUUACUAGCUGAGAGAGCAUCAAAUUCGGACAAAAUUGAUUCUAAUGCAAAUAUCAGCUCUGCGCUCCCUCCGAUGUCACCAGCUAAGAAAGCAUCAAAUACGGACAAAAUUGAUUCUAAUGCAACGUGA